UAUAAAUUUAAUAAUGAAUAUGAAUAUGAAAGUCUCUAUAUCAGGAUACUAUUAUGAAUCAGCUGAUAAUUAAGUGGAUGCUGAUGGCUUUAAUGAUAAUUCAUCAAAAAAGAGAGAGUCUUAAGAUAAGGAUUAAAAAGGAGAGCUAGAAAGGAUUAAUUGCACUUUCAAAGAGGCUUUUUCAAAGUUGUACGAAAAUUAAAAAUUUGAAAAAGCAGUUUUUAAAGCUGAAGGGGAAUAUAAAUAAAUGAUUGAGCAGCUCCUUCUAUAAUGUGAAGUCUUAAAUGACCUCAUUAAUGGCAGUGUAAUAGGAUCGCAAUGUAUUAUAUUAUCUACAUAGAAAUUUCAAGACCUGAGGCUAGCAAAUAUCUUAAAGAUUUAUCUGAUGUUUAGAGUUAACUUGUAAAUCUGAAAUAAAAGAUCAAAAGAAAACCAAAGUAGGAUAAAUCAAAGCUUCAAAAUUAAUUAAAUCAAAUUUCUUCUGAUCCUCCUUAAUCAGAUAAUAUCGACAUUAACUUAUAAAUUAUUGAUGAAAAAGAAUUAGAUCAAUUUUAAAAAAGGAUCGAGGUGUUAAAUUAAAAAAUAGGAAUGAAUUAAGUUAAAACUAACAAUAAUGGGGAGACAUUUUUUGUUAGAGGCAGUGAAUUAUUUAGUGGGAGCGAUAAAGUGAAUGAAAAAAAAGAUAAGCAUGACUUUAAUUUAAUAGGAUAAUACACUUUGCCUAUAUAAGAAAGUGAUCCAUAAAAUAUAAUGGCUCAUACUUAAUUAUUAAAAAUUUAAGCAAAUUUAUUACGAAACGAUGAAGAGAUGAUUUAGAAAUUGAAUCGAAUUUAUGAAUAAUAAGAAUCGCUAAAUAAAACAGAAUAGUAAUAGGACUUAUCUAAUUAAGUGUCGAUGAUUCAAAAAAAGCAUGAAUUUACUUUGAAUAGCAUAGAUGAAAUUCCAAAAAUACUUAGUAGAUUGAUUUCAUUAAAGUAAUUGCAUUAAUAAACAAUAUUUUUACCAUAAUAACUUGAACAGACUUCAUAAUAAUUAGAUUGGAUGCUAAAAAGUUUAGAUGAAGGAUCAGAAAUUAUUUCUAUCCUAGAAGGAUAAAUAAAAUGA